GAUUUGAGCUUGUAUCCCUAUCAGGCAUGUUAGAAGUAUGUGACAACAAUAGUGGUUGUAAAAGAAUGGGUAACUUUAAGGUGUCUCUGGUGGGUCCUGAUUUACGCCCUUUGGGAGGUGUGGUGGCUAAUAAGCUUAUUGCAGCAUCUUCAGUAAAGGUCACUGUGGGUAGUUUUACUUUGGAUGUUAAGAAGGCUAGCUCGAAUAACUUGAAAAUUGGGCCUUCUUCAGUGCCAUCGUCCCAAAUUGCUGCUUCUGGGACUCCAAUCGGUGCUACCCUUCAAGGGCCUUCAUAUGAGUCCUCUGGUGACAAUCAGAAUAGUCCUUUUAGUCAGAGGCUUGGAAGCUACAAUAAUGCUAGUCAACCUUUUCCUACUACGGCGAUGUACCAGAAAUCAUUGGCUCGCCAAAUUCAGUAGUAAAAGGAUGGGAUUUUAGGUUUGCUAGUGCAAAAGUCAUUUGCAAGGUGGUUGCAGGUUGAAUGCUGAAAAGGUGGUUUUAAUAAUUGAGACAAAUUGUAAGAGAGUUUCUCUAUAACUUUUA